AUUUGCAUUUUUUUUCUUUUCUUCAAACAAUGAAAUUUUCCGAAUGGCGUCUUGAAUAUCUUAAAUGUUCAUAUCUAAAUUAUGGACAAAAUAAUUCGGGUUCAAUAAAAUUUUGUGGAAAAAUUAAUCGAAUUUUUUGCUGCGGUCAUCAUGAUUGGCUUCGUCGUUGUUGUUCAUUGAAGGAUUUUCUACAUGAAAUGAGAUACUAUAAACAUUUCAUUCAAUUUCUAACCUGGUUACUUAUUAUACAAUUCAUAUUGAUCAUAUCGAUUGUCAUAUUUAUUGUAAUCAAGAUGAAAAAAUUGACUCCACACAUUUUAAUUCAUAAAUAAUCAAUU